UUUUAAACGCCCAGGUUUCUCUUUCAUUAGUAUGCAGAUGUAGCAAAUUGCCUCUCGGCCAGCUUGCAGUGUCAGUAUUGGACUGACCCGAGAACAGACUCCUGCCAUAAAUGAAACAGCUGUCUAUUGCACCGGCUCCACGCUGGUAGUGGAGCUGCGUUAAUCUCCCUCCCCAAAUGACUGCCGUGAUAGGAAACGGUGAUGACGACAGCGCGUAAAUCGGCUGCUGGAAACCAGAGAGAUGCUCCGGUUACGCUGUGUGUGCGGUCAACACAAGUGCCUGCCUGCCCGCCUGCCUUCCUACCAGCCGACACGGUAAAACCAGCGGAACUCCACAUCCAGAGGACGGGGAGAGGUUUGGGUAGGCGCGCGUCCCCGGAUGGAUAGCAAAUAGGGAUGGUGCGCUUUCUGAUCUUCCUCGCACCGACACCACUGUGAUUUUUUAAAAUUUGUAUUAUUAUUAUUUUUUUUUAAACACGCUGCAAGUCAAACUUUACAAGCUGACCUGACUGUUUCUAACAGUCAAAACUAAAAAUCAACCAAAUAAAUAAUGUCAACGACGCACGAGACCUCCCCUGCGCCCAACCAGAGCCACCUCUCCACGGCAAGCUCGGACAAAGCGGACCCCUCCGGGAUGGAGAGACGGAUCCAGCUUCUCCUCUUCGGCUUGUGCGUAACCAUCGCCGCCGCCACCUUAGUUGGAGGCGUGUAUUCGCUCCUUUCGCUCCUCCGGAUGAGGAGGAAAACCUCGCUGUGUGUCAUAGUGGCUUCCAUGUCGGUGGACGACCUGCUCAGCGUGGUCCCCCUCUCCCUCUUCAUGCUCCUGCAGUGGGAGACCCGGCGGGGUGAGGGGUCUGGCGGUCUGUGCACUCUGUCCGGACUUCUUUACGUGUUCCAGGGGGUUUCCAGCAACAUGAAGGCGUGCCUCAUAGCAGCCUACACUUUUUAUGUCACCAAGAGAUUCGGCGUGCUCCAGUCCGUCCGCCGGCCGCUGAAAGUCAUGUGGGCUAUCGGCGGCGUGUGGGCGGUGAGCCUGACGGUGAGCGUGCUACCUUUGUGCGGAUGGGGCAGCUUCGCGCCGGCCUCUCUCGGCUGCUUCCCAAAGAGCGACAGCUUUUACACCCUGCUGCUCUUCUCGUUGUAUCUCCUGUGCUUCUGUGGCUUUCUGGGUUUCUUCAUUCCCCUCACGUAUCAGCUGCUGUGCUCCAGAGAGCCCCAGAGGACGCUACUCUACCCGAGCUAUCUGGGCAUGGCGAGGGGACUGAGCGGCUCCGCUCACCUCUGUGAGCUCCCGUCGUCGUUCUCCCGGGACAGUCUGGACAGAAGUUUCGGAACGUACAACGAGCUGAGCCCGAGUUCUUGCGGGACGGGGGUGAGGGAGAAGGAGGACAGCGGCCUUUCCCCUGUGUCCGCCGGCGGGCGUAGGGGGGCUUCCGUCGGAGAUACACCUGUUGUGUUCGCGCAGAAGCGCUUCUCCAUGAUUCUGGCGGUUCUUCGAGUCAUUUUAUGGAUGCCGAUGAUGACUUUGGUCCUCAUACGGCAUGCGGUGAAUGCACGCAGCUCUUCUCUGGAGACCCUGAGCUUCUUUCUCACUCUGCUUGCACCUGCGGUCACUCCCCUGUUCGUGCUGUCGGAGCGCUGGAUCCAUAUGCCGUGUGGCUGCUUCAUUAACUGCAAGCGGGAUCCGGCACAGGAGCCUUCAGAGAUGAAAAGAAGAUUUGAGUUCAGCCUUUCCUUUCAGCAAGGCUACGGAGUCUAUAAGCUGUCGCAUGCCACCAAGUCUCUAAGCAGCCCUCCUACAGAAAAACCCACUUAUCACAGCCUUUUUAACUGUGACUUCCCAAAUGCACGCGUCGACGUGCUGGAAACCGGCGGGCUCUCUAGAUUGGGCCCCACUUUCGAUUUCAGCACCCCGCUGCCGGCGGACAGCUCGUCUCACGCCGGUCUCUUCUUGGAGGCCGGCGUAGGGGAGCCGCUGGCCGAUCAUCCCGCUCUGCCCCACGUCAACCACAGGGAUGAAGAGGAAUUCCACUGUGUCCCCUCGCUGCCUUCCCACCUGCGGGAAAAGGAUCACGCCCUGAACGACUCAUCGUCGGUUUUCGAUGGACCGGAGAGGAGGCUCUCACACGAGGAGUGCAGGAAAAUCGAGCUGACGGACUGGGAGUGGUGCCGAAGUAAAUCAGAGAGAACGCCCAGACAGAGGUCAUCGGCCGGUCUUUCUAUACCUCUGUGUGCCUUUCAGGGCACUGUGUCUCUCCAGGCACCUACAGGCAAGACGCUCUCUCUUUCCACCUAUGAGGUCAGCAGCGACGGCCUCAAGAUCUCCCCGAACAACGCCAAAAAGGUGGAAGUGUAUCGCUCCAAGUCCGUCGGCCACGAACCCAGCGCAGACGACCCAGCAUCUGGAUCCCAUGCCGAGGACACCAACGUCAGCUGCGUCGGCAUGGAGAUCGGCAUGGGGAUGGGCAUAGGAGCUGGCGUGGGAGACACCAACGUUAAAAUCCACCUGGAGGUCUUGGAAAUCUGCGACAACGAGGAGGCCCUGGACAGCGUCUCCAUCGUCUCCAACAUCAGCCAGUCCUCGACGCACGCCCGCUCGCCGUCGCUGCGCUACUCCCGGCGGGAGAACCGCUUCGUUUCGUGCGACCUGGCCGAGACCGCAUCCUACUCCCUGCUCAUCCCCAGCGGCGGCAACGCCGAGGCAGAGACCAUCAAUAUCACUAUUCCUGACACGGUGGAAGCCCACCGGCAGAACAGCCGGCGGCAGACGCAGGAGAGCUCAGGGUAUCACGAGGAUAUUCAGCUACUUAAUGAGGCUUACAGAAAGCAGGCAGGCGAGGGGGAAGAGUGAGAUAUGUACACAAUAACAAAGGAGGGGCCUCUCAGGGGGAGGCUGAAACAGCAACUCAGGCAGUAAAGUCAUGAAGACAAAUAUCCUAAUCAUUUCACAUCUUUUUUUUUUUCUUUACGACCACAGCUUUAGCAGAGUUUAGAGGUGAUGUGAACAGAGACUCAUAGUGUUGUAAUAGCCUCUUCGCUUACUCCUGUGUUUCUUCUUCUAAGGUGAAAGCACAUACAUAUUUUAUGUGUAAACUAAAUGGAGAAAUGUAAGCCUGCAAAGAAAAAGGCAUUUUAAAAGUAUUCAUACAGUUCAAACUUUUUCACAUCUUGUCUGAAACCACAUCUCUCCCAAGUGACAAACCGUAUUAUGACUUUAAAAAGUAUUGGACGUAAUUUAGGUGGCAGAGGUGUGUGUGUUUUGAUCUCGAUCCGAUACAAAUUAAAUACAGGGCAAGUAUCGCCGAUACCAAUAGUUUUUAUUUUCUGAAGGUUUAUAUAUCAUCAAGCCUCUGACCUUUAGGCGUUUUUGUGGAUUUCCUUUGAAUUAUUUUAUUAAGGCAGUGUAAUGUAAAAUCAACUUUUUUGAGCUUUACAUCAUGUUAUAAUGU